AUGCAGAUGAGCGGGCUGUACUUCAACCACAUGCACCCGCAGCUUCAUCAGUACUUCACCUCCACCCUCUGCCAUGCCAAUGCCCAACAUUUGAGUAGCAACCUGUUCCCUCUCCUGGUCUUUGGGAAGUUGGUCGAGGAGGAGAUGGGGGGCUGGGGCCUUCUGCUUUGCUACGCACUUUGCGGGAUCCUUGCCAAUGUCGCCAGCAUCAUAUUCUUGCCGUCCUCUACCCUCGGGCUAGGAGCUAGCGGAGCUGUCUUCGGCUUGUUUACCAUUGCGGUGUGGGAGAAGCUCAAGAUGGAAGUUGCUAUCACAGCCAAGGGAGGCAUAGCAGGGGUCAACCACGUUGCGCACCUCGGGGGAGCGUUUGCCGGGUUUGCCAUCGUCUUGUUCCUUCGGCUGAUCAUUGCAGCGUUCGAGAGACCAUCGUUGAGAUCUUCAAGAUGA